GUGAGGGGGUCGUGGAAGCUAUCGAAGCUGCUGUUACCUGGAGUCGAUUUUGACGCAAGUUCCUGGAAGGAUUCGGUAGGGGUUUUGGGCUCUGUUUCCGCAACGGAUGCGGGGGACACUUCGGGCACAGAUUUGGGUGCUGUGACAGCUACAAAUACUGAAUGCCGUGGUCGUCGGGGUCCCCGUAGCUGAUGCGUGUUGUUGGGCCUGGUGGGAGGGCGUCCGAGUGGUCUUGGAGCGCCCGUUACGCAGGAUACGUCAGCUCGGACACAGCGGACGCAAGGUCCAUUGUCCAGGCUUUGCGAUCGCAAGCAUCGCAGCUUGUGUUCUCGACAUCGGUCGCAUGCCGACCGCUUAGCAGCCGGCCGCCGCUGGUGUUGCUGCAUGGUGGUGAUGGUGGUCAGUCAGGUUGGUACACACGCAAAGGGCGAUGGUGUUUGGGUAACUAAAUGAACCGGAGUAUCUUUAAUCCGUCCCGCAUCAAUAUAAACUACCUACGAGGGCUCAUCAAGUUUACAUAAACAUCUCCUACUAACUAUUAUUUUACCUAUGUGUUGCAUGAUGAGUGUGAAUUGAUCUGCCUCCGUGUUAGGGGCACAAUAUGGGCUAAAUGGCACUGCCUUGAAUGCUGCUGCUUCUAACCUCCGAUCGGCGCAUUCACGCAUUCGGAGCCUUGAGAGUUGACCAUCUCUACUUACAGAGAGGUUUAUAUUAUCCCAUUUUAUCUAAUACUAAAUAUCCUCAAUCUCCCGACCUGGUUUUCUAUAUGGUCCAUUGCCGGUUUUAUUUUGGGGUAAAUGCCUCUUGCGCCGUUCUGAUGUCGAGAAUGUAUCUUACUUAGUCUCCAGCACAGUAAUCUUGACGGCAUGAUAUGAUUUAUACCUCCCAGAUAUUUGUCGGCAACUAAGGCAACAUUUCUUUCUCUGAAUUCCCCUAAACUUUGCUUCAAAUGUCGAAAAGCUACUCUGAGCUGCAUAUCGCAUGAUCAUAGGUAUUGAGAUCCAUGAAGGAUAGCAAAAGUGGACAUCUCUCUUUCAAUCUCUCUCUCAGCAGGAGCCAAGCUGAGGAAAGACUCACUUUAAAGUGGCAGGGAAACCAAUGCUGAUUGAGAAGUUACCUGUUUCCAGUCUUGCAUACGCAAGAGCUCAAUAUUACAUGAAGCUCCAGAUAGAACGCCAAUGCCUUCUGCCAGCUGCCCGCAGUACACAAUCGUCCUUGUCACUCAGCGCUGCAGGUGAACGGAAAAUAUGCGAGGUUGAAUUCGCAACAGGAGGAAUGAGCGCUUCUGGCGCCCGCUACCCCGUUAGCUGAGAGAUCCAUUGUCUUUCACUUAUGGGAGAUAGGCAUACUAGGUACAGAGGACAAUAGGCUGGUAGUGCUGGGAUUCCCGAGCUGGUAGCUUGAAAUAGAGAAUACUUGAAUAAUUACAAAGCUCUUGUAUCACAAAAAAAGAAAAAGAAAGAGAAAAAAGAAAAGAAAGAGAAAAGAAAAGAAAAGAAAAGCUGUCUUCGCACCGUUUCCCAAAUGGAAUUGUGCAUCUGGCUAUGAUGGCUGCGUUAAUAUUCAGCAUGGGAUCCCGGAUGAGAACCUUACCCCAAAACAUCCUGCUCGUGACAAGUUCGCACGCCUUCAUGAGGUCCUCUAUUGCGAACCUACUAGAGUCCAGAACAGCCUUUAACCUUCCCUGUUCGACUAUCUCAACAAGAGUCAAAACUUCAUACAUGUUGGGAGUAUUGGUGAAGAGGAUAUAGGAGCGAUGAUUGCCACUGAUCCAGGUCAGACACGAGCUGUUCAAGAACCAUCGAACCAUUUGUCUCAGGACACCGUCUCCUACAUGAAAAGCGCCGAUGUUGACCAAAGGGGCCACCUGGACAGAGAUAUCUUGAAGGUUUGCGUAGAGGGCCUGCAAUCCAUAGGCCGAGGCCAGAGAGCGUGGCAGCAAGGCGUGUUUCUUGUAAUCUACAAACUGUGGACAGCAACAUGCACUAUCAUCAGGGCCCCAGAAGCAUAAUGGAGAAUAACGCAGGGUGAAGCAUACUUUGUCAAUUCCGCAUCCUCGAAACAAAGCUUCAUUUGGAAUCACUCGCAACUCCCAAAAGGAAGGCAACCUAGGGCACGGCACAGCUGCACGGCGAUGUGUUCGACAAUCCCACUGGCCCUAUUGACGAGCACCGGCCGGCACGAACGGACCUUGGUAGUUCGAACCACAGUCGAGGCUGUUAACCCGUUGGAGAUAAGUCCAGCGUGCUGACCCAGGCUGAGAACCAGGUGCUCACCAGCGCCGUGCUCCUCGACACCGGGUCCCGAGAGUGACACAACAUAGGCCUCCGGUAGAGAGAGUAGAGCUCAUUCUGUUGAAUUGACUAAUUCAAUCACAGUCACUCAUUCUCUAUUUUCAGACUAGAUAAGAGAUGACUUUUCUGCUCUUUUAGACCUAGUUAUCACUAAGACUGAUGAGAUAACUUUCAUAAGAAACUUCGCAUGUGCUCUUUCAGAACCCCGGUGCCGCAGAACACAAUGCUCAUCGGCCCCGUCAUGGCCAGCACCCGAGUGCCGGGCUACCGGGCUGCCGUAGCCCUUCGGAAGCCUCGUCCCCCGCGACAGCGACAGGACAACGCGAGAGACGCAGAGCUCGGGGACUAGGGGCGGUGCAAAGGGCAGAGGAAGAAAGACGCCCAUGAAGUGGACGAUCAAGAAUCCGAGCACGACGUAGGAGACGAGGGCGAUGAUGUUGCUGGAGUUCGGGCCGGCGUGGGAAACGAACCGACAAGCUUGAGGGACGACUUGUAGUGGCCGCGAUGCUGGUAGGCCUAGGCUCGCAUUGUGGACGGCAUUGGUGCCGCGGGAUCGGAGCGUACCAUGUCUAGCUGUCUAUCUAGGAUAGAUAGCUGUUUGGAGAGACCUCCGAAGGCGAGUGAGCUGGUGUCUCAAAAGGCACGGAGCCGGACCUGUGCCAACGUCAGCUUCUUUGAUUGAUCAUACAUGCCAAUGCCACACCAUCUUAACCUAAGCGCGUCCAGCAUCUUAACGUGAGGCGCAUAGGCUCGAGGCUGUCUGCAAUUUAGUGAUUGACCGUAUCGACCCUUGUAGCGGGAUAAGAGGCCACGGGUGAGGUUGCAUGACGGCGCUACGUUAAACCCUCCGAAUUUCCUAAUUAGGCAAUUUUAUUUUUACCCUCCGAAUAUAACCCCUUUGAUCAGAGACCCGCCCGAUGAGAACACACCGAAUGCACGGAUGGAUCUCCCUCCACAGAUCCGGGGCGGGUAUUUCCUCUCUCUUCUUUUGUUCCGAGAAAUCUGCUCUUGUUCCUCAAGCGAUCGCGCCCCCGAAACCAAUAUUAAGAGGGACGCCAGCAAGCAGGCAAAUAUCCCGAACCCAUAGACAUAUAUGGCAUGGCAUGAUCCGAACACAGACCCCACGGCAAGAACAUGCUAUUCAAACCAAAGCACUCGCGAGUUACCUAAAACCAUGCAAGAGUCUUUGACCAGAGGCGCGGAAGACGACGAUGCACCCAGCAGCAACACCAUGAAUUUGUCGUCAGAGGCUACGACUCCAGAGAUUUUAGAAGCUCCAGAGACCCUAGACACUAUGCAUGUGCCUCCGGUCAAAAGAGACUGGAGAUUUUGGGCUCUCUUGGGUUCCAUCAGCCUCGCGGGUCUACUCACGGCUCUGGAGGGAACCAUUACGUCGACAGCGCUUCCCUCGAUUAUCGCCGAUCUAGGCGGCGGCCACCUCUACAUCUGGGUCGUGAAUGGAUAUAUGUUUGCCAUGACGGCGAUGCAGCCUCUGUACGGGCAGCUGGCAAACGUCUUCGGUCGCCGCUGGCCCAUGCUCAUCGCAACCGCCAUGUUCGUGCUCGGCAGCGGCAUCUGCGGUGGCGCAAACAACAUAGGAACGAUCAUUGUCGGCCGAAUCAUUCAAGGCAUCGGAGCCAGCGGCACCACCGUGCUCACCGAGACCAUCAUCUGCGACGUGGUGCCGCUAAGAGAGCGCGGCAAGUUUCUGGCCAUCGUCAUGGGCUUCAUCUUCCUGGGUACCGCGCUGGGCCCUUUCUUCGCCGGACUCAUCGUGCAGUACUCGACUUGGCGCUGGACUUUCUAUCUGGCGCUACCCGUGGGCGGCGCUGCCCUCGUCUCUCUGUUCUUCUUCCUAAAUGUCCAGUACAAGAAGGAGACGAACCUGGCUACGAGAAUAGCGACGAUUGACUGGAUGGGGAACGUCAUCUUCAUAGCGGCCAUCACGUCGGUUCUCCUCGGCUUGUCGUGGGCGGGAGGGCUGUACCCGUGGUCGUCCUACCACGUCCUGGUGCCGCUGCUCGUAGGCAUGGCUGGUCUGGCGGGGUUCCUUGCCUUUGAGGGCUCUCACCUUGCCCCAAAUCCCACCGUCCCGCUGCACCUCUUUUCCAAUCGAACGUCAGUCGGUGUCCUUGUCAUGACAUUCUUCCACGGCAUAAUCACCGUGUGGCAGCUCUACUUCAUGCCUGUCUACUUCCAGGGCGUUCUCGGCUCGUCGCCCAGCCUUUCCGGGCUCCAGAUCCUCGCAACAGUCCUCUCCAUCCUCCCUGCGGCGGGCAUCGGGGGAGGUCUCAUGACCAAGCUAGGCAUCUACAAGCCCAUCCACUACGUCUCCUGGGCCAUCACUCUCAUCGGCCUCGGCCUUUUCACCCUCCUGGACAUGAAUUCGAGCACCGGGCACUGGGUUGGCUUCCAGGUUGUCUACUCCAUGGGAGUCGGCAUGCUGGUUCCCACGCUUCUUCCAGCACUCCUAGCCCCGCUGAGCGAGUCUGACACGGCGCUGGCAACGGCAACAUGGUCGUUUGUCCGCAGCUUCGGCAUGGUGUGGGGGACGGCCAUUCCCGCUGCCAUCUUCAACACCCGCUCCGACGAAUUGGCACCCAAGCUCAUCCAGGAUGCCACGCUCAGAGCCGAGUUCUCUGCGGGCCAGGCAUAUGAGCAUGCUACUGCCGCGUUUCUUGGGACUCUGCCUCCGGCUUCACGUGUCGCAGUUACCCAAGUCUUUUCCCGGAGUCUGCGCCUAACGUGGUUGGUGUCACUCGCCUUUGCUGCUGUCGGGUUCCUCGCCGUGAACCUUGUGAAGGAGGUACCUAUGCGGAGUGAGUUAGAGACCAAUUAUGGAAUCGAAGAAAAGCCGAAAACGAAGGCCCCUAAAGCCUAAGAAUCUGGAUCUUGCAAGAAGUAGCGGCUUUUCUCUGAUAACAGUCGCUGUAACAGUCAAGUUCCCGAUUUGGGGGAUGAACGGUGCAAAGCUAGGCGGUCAGAUGAAUUCCAUCCCGCUGCAGAAUAAAAGGAUCCUAUAUACCGUAUUUUGUCUGGACUACUUUUCCCUAUCUGUCGAAGGAAGGGAGCAAUAUUUGGACGAAGGGCUCAUGAGUCAGUGUAUGCCUUCGGGAAUUGGAAGCUGUUUCUCUUGUAUAAAAGUGUAAAUUAUAUGUUCCGUAUUUGGCGGCUGUUUUAAAAGAGUACCGGAUAGAGGUUUCAUCUUUUUCUCUCAAGGGGAAGUGUUGGGUUUCAAGGGAUAACACAUCUCCCCCUUAAUACGUUCAUUGUUGUAUCUUCAUACCGCUAACUCAUCUCAGAUCCAUCCAUCUAUCUUGCUGUCUUUAGAGUUAGUUGCGAUUCAGAAUACGAUUUUGAAUCUGUUCCUUCCUCAAAACUACGUAUUUUCCAGCUGCUAGUCAAUGGUUCCUAUUUUUUUGAUAUUUAACAACCCGCAUCGCAUGGGGGCAUUGUAGCCUGGGUUAGGUAGACUACAAGUGAUCUGUUGAUGUAAAAUAUCUUUCAGUUAAAACCUCUCCACAUCUCUGCCGGGAAGUACAUACCUACAUCGGCCCGAUUACUCUUACAACCAUGGAUCAUGGAUCGGAACAAAUUUGCUCAUAACCCUCCAUUUCUCUUCCACUAAAAUCCAAUAUUGAUACCGUACGAGGUCAAGAGCAACAAAACUGUUUUCAUGAAAAAUGUCGCCUGUUGAUGAUGACAGCAAUUCUAGUU